GAAGUGCAAUCAGUACAAAGAAGAUUCCACAUUGAAUUCCCUUCAAUGUCAGCUCAUCGCGGAGAGCCACGUCUUGUCAUCACGGAGCAGCCUCAAUCCAGAGGAUUAAGAUUCAGGUAUCAAUGCGAGAAUCGUGGCUUUACACCUGGAUCGAUUCUCGGCGCAGGUUCCAGCCCACAGCAACGGAGCUAUCCUACGUUUGAGAUUCGAAACUACAAGGGGCCUGCUAAGAUCGUAAUUUCUUGCGUCACCACGGAAGAUGUCCCAAGACUUCACCCGCACCGUCUAGUAGGCCAUGAGGGUUGCCGAAAAGGUAUUUGCGAAAUAUCUGUUUCAGCUGAAGCGACCAUGGCCUACUCAGUGAAGAGUUUGGGCAUUCAGUGCAUUCGCCGGAAGGACAUCGAAGCGGAACUGAAGAGCAGGGAAUCGCGGUAUCAGAAUCCGUUUAAAGUUCCAACAGGAAAUCCACUGGCCAUAAAUCUGAAUGCAAUUCGGCUUUGCUUUGAGCUGCACGUGGAAAAUUACGACGGCCAGUUUGUGCCCAUUUUCCCACCGGUACUGUCCACCACAAUCUACGACAAAAAAGCUAGCCCCAGUCUGGUCAUCUGCUCGAUGAGUGCCACCGAUGGCCCGGCCUCGGGCGGCAAACAAAUCAUCCUGCUCACGGAAAAGGUCAACAAGGACGACAUCCAGGUUCGCUUCUACAGAGAACAUGGUCCAGAACGCAACCGUGGAUUGCCUACGGCAAGUUUAAUCCGGCCACCAACGUCCACAAGCAGUUUGCAAUCGUGCUGAAAACUCCUGCCUACUACGAUCCAAGAAUAACGGAACCGAUGACGGUUAAAAUUCAACUUCAACGAAAACGAAGCAACGAAUUGAGUGAGCCUAAGGACUUUAAAAUCCUACCUGUUCCCAAAUUGUCACGCAAACGAACCAAUAAAGGACACUUGAAGGUUGGGCCAGAGAGUCCCCCGGGCAGGACCGAGGACGAGAACGGCAAUUUUGGGCAGUCGAUUGGAACCUUGUUACCCCAGUUUGGAACGGCUUUUUCUCGCCCAAUCUGGCAGGAGGAAGUGCAGGCGUGGGAACAGGUCGAAGGCGGUAGCAGUGACGGGUCAGCUGUUGAUGGAGAAACAAGUCUCUACGAAUUCAGUCUGGAAGAUAUUUUCGAGUGUUUAUAUGAAUAAAUGGAUGAUAUAUAAGUCAAAGUAGAAUAGAAUGACGUUUUGUAAAUUGGGCAUGUUGUUUUGAAAAUAUAAAUAAAGCAUAUUAAAAA